AGGUAGUUCAUUUCUGUGUUAAAUGCAAAGAAGGCAAAACUCAGAGCACUAAGGGAUAAAGAAGUUUCAGGGAAAGAAGUUGCAGAAAUCUAGAAAAAUCAUGUUUUAGUGUUUUGCAUCAAAUCCCAAUUAUAGCCAUCAGUCCAUGUGAUGUAUCUUUGAUUGAGUAUAUUUAUAUAUGGUUAUUCGAAAGAUUUGAAUGUUACUAUACAGCAUAUGACAUACAAUAUAAACUAGGUGAGGAUAUAAACAUUUACAAAAUAAUAAAAUCAUUAUAAUUGAUUACCUUUUUAUUUCUAAUUAUUGAUAAGUUUAAAUUAUUUUUUAGUUUGUAUAUUAGAAAGACAAAUAUAACAAUGUUUUUCAUUAUAAUUGAUUAACUUUUUAUUUCUAAUUAUUGAUAAGUUUAAAUUAUUUUUUAGUUUGUAUAUUAGAAAGACAAAUAUAACAAUGUUUUAAACUACGUUACUACAUUAUCUUAAUUAACUAUAUAUAUGAUUUUGUGUAUAAUAAUUUGGAUCGAUUAAGUUAUUUUUGGUAUGUUGAGUUGUAUAUUUUUUUCAGUUGAAUUUUAAUGAUACUAAAUCAGAUUAUUUACAAUUUAAUUUAGUUUCUAAGAUUUGUAAAUAUGUAUUUUUAAAUUGAUAUAUUUUGUUUUGACUUAAAUUUAUGAAAAAAAGUUUAAGUGUUGAUCAGAAGUUUAAGAGAAUCAAAAUUGAUAUCUUUUAAAAGCACGUGGAUCAUUAGAGUUUUACAACGUAAUAAUAACCUAAUUAAUUUUAUCAAAUACUACAUUCAUAGGAAAACAAUUUUCUAAUGGAAAUGGAUUUGAGAUAAUUAUUUGUUUAUUUUUAUAGAUAUUGAAACAUUCACAUAGUAUUAACCUUGAGAAUCUGUAAUUAUGAAAAGAAAAAUUAUACGAAAUUGUAAGAGAAUUUGUUUAACAUAAGAGAUUGAAUAAUUAUCCAAAAAGUAAAUAUUAUUUUAGAAAAUUUAUAAUUAAGAAAAAAUAAUUGUCUUUAGUGUAUUAAAAGUAAAUACUGAUUUGGUAACUAAAUUGAUAUUUUCUUAUGAAAAAUAUUUAUUAUGUUUAAAAUGAAAAAUAUUUAACUAACAUUAUUAACAAUCGUAGAAAAACGUUAUUAAACAAAAACUAUCAAGAAAGUUUUAUGAAAGUGAGAUUUAUAAAGGAAACUAAUUUUUUAAAAAUCACAUGUUUUAAAUAUCAAAAUUCUCUAUAUUUUUGUUUUAAGAUAUUAUUCCUGAUACUAAUUAAAUUCCUUCACGAUAUUGAUAUGAUUUUAUAGAAAGAAAUAUUACGAAAAACGAAAAUAUAAAUAGAUAUAUUAGUAAUGGAAAUUAGUAAAUAGUUUAUGAAAUUGGGAUUUAUAUAAAAGGAAAUUUCUUAUUGUCAAAUUACAUGUUUUAAAUAUAACAAACUGCUAUGUAUUUUUACUUUUAAGAUAUUUCCUUUUUGAUACUAAACUUCUUUAUGAUAUUGAUAUGAUUAUAUAUAUGUACAUACAUAUAUAUUAAAAACAAAAAUAAAAAUAGUUUAUAAAUAUUUUUUUAAAAAUAUAGAUAUUUUUCUUUUUUUACAUAAGAAAAAAAUUGUUAAUAAAAACUAAAAUAUAAAUUUUGAUAAUGAUAACUACAAAAUAAUAUUAAUUCAUUAAGGUUAACAAUGUAAUAAACCAUUGUGAGAAUUAAAGUGAGCACGACACAUAGGAAACUAACUAUUUAAAUAAUGACAAUAUAUAAUACUAUAUCUUUACAAUAAUAACUAUAAUCUUAAAUAAUAACAAUAAUAACUAUAAUAAGGAAAGUUCACAAAAUAAUCUUGAUUUUAAAGUAAAGAAAUAAUCUUUCCUUUUAAAAAAUCAUUUUAAACAACAUAAUAUAUAUUUUAAAAGUAUUAAGAUUUUAUUUAAAUCAAUAUAUUCUAAAAUUAUUACAAAACAAUUUAAAUAACAUAAAAUAAGAUAUCUUUAAUGAAUAAAAUUUAAUUUAGUCUUUCUUUUUAUGUUCCCUUUUAUAUUUUUCAAAUAACAUAAAUGAUAAAGAAAAUAAUUAUAAAACUUAAAACAAAUUUUUUUUUAUACAUAAUGUGAUUUCAUAAAAAGGAAAGCAAAUCAUCUUGAUAUUAAAGUAAAGAUUUAAUCUUCCUUUUUAGAAUGUAUAUGUUAUAUUUUUAUGCAAUUUUGUAUAUAUCAUCACUUUAUUUUUGAAAAUUAACAUAUACCAAAUUACUAAGUUCUAUAAAAUUAACAUAGUCAUGGGGCUAUUUACAACUAGCUGAUUCAUAAAUAUAUAUAUAUAUAUAUAUACACAUCUAAGAUGAAAACCAAACUAAUGUAAUGAAUACAAUAAAUAUGAUUUGGUUGAAUUAUAUUAGAAAUAUUUAUACUUUAAUUUGAUGGAAUAUAUGUAACACAAUAUACCCUCAAAUGAGUAACUAGACAAAUCCAAUUUUUUAUACAAAGUCAAACAAUGUAUAAAAACUAAAAUAUAAAUUUUGAUAAUGACAAUUACAAAAUAAUAUUAAUUCAUUAAGGUUAACAAUGUAAUAAACCAUCGUGAGAAUUAACGUGAACGCGACACAUAGGAAAUUGACUUCUUAAAUAAUGUUAUAGAGAUUCUAUAAAUUAAUAUUUAAUAAAUUUAUACACAAUAAAUUAAUAAUUAUUUCGGCCACGAGUUAGACCGGUUUAAAAUAUGACAUAAAUCGAUAAGAUAACAAUAUAAUUAACUAUUUUUUAUAUAAAAAAUAUAUUUGUAAAAAAAUGUAAAAAAAAUUAUAAAUUAAAAAGUACCUUAGUACCAAGAUUCUUAAUUAAUUUAUAGAGUUUUUACUUUAUGUUUCUUUUAUUUUACGAUUUUUUUUAUUUGUAGAAGAUUUGCAAAUGAGAAAAUGACACAAAGAACACCAAACAAAGUUUUCCUCCCCAAACUAGCACUCAGGAUCAGAAAUCACAAAAAUAGGUUUCACUAAAGGGGUAAUUUACCCUUAUGCCCUCUUCUUUCAGUAAUUAAAAAGAAAAAUUUAAAAUCAAUUGUCGCCGUCCUCGUUUCAUCGCUUCUUCUUCUCCUCAUCGCUGUCUUUCGUCGUCGUCGUCUCUCCGUUGUCGUCAUCGUCGUCGUCAUCGUCGUCGUCUCUCCGUCGUCGUCAUCGUCGUCGUCUCUCCGUCGUCGUCUUCGCCUCUCCGUUGAUCCGUCGUCGUCUCUCCGUUUAUUUAUCGUCGUCGUCGUUGUUUCUCAAUUGAUCUGUCGUUUCUACGUCUAUUCAUCUCAUUCUCUCUCUCGUGUGUCUGAUUUGAUUAAGGUUUGAAUCAUUUCAUUUUGUUAUACAUUAUUUAGUUUUUGUUAUAUAUUAUUCAUUUGUUGAUGAAUUGAAGUUGAUUUUGUAGAACAAUGGAAGUUUUGUGCAUCUGUGGACAAUGGAUCUCAAAAGAAUAUCUCGAGUGGGAGUUUCUUGUUGAUUUGAAGAGGAAUGCAUCAAUCAUUUCCAUAGAAGAAGAUCUACUGUAUGAAGAUUUGAUGAAGAUUGUCUCUGAAGAUUUUAGUGUUAAAGAGGAAGAAAUCAGUUUGAGUUAUGGUAUUUCAUUGGAUAUGAAAUGUAUUAUUGAAAGUUUCCCCCCACUCUCGAUAGGUAAUACUCGUCAGCUCAGAACUUUCAUUUCCAAGACUAGAGCAUUUGAUGGAACCUGUCGUUUGUGUGUUAAGGUUAGUACUGAUCCAGCUAGCUGUAACACUCAAGCUUCUGAUACAUUUGCUUCUCCUGUUCCAUUGAAUGCCAAUCCAAUGAUUCUUUCUACUGUGCAGAGAGAAAAACAGGUACAUUGUCCCUAAUUCCCUUUUUCUGUUUGUGUUUGCAUGAUAUGCUUCAUAAUCAAGUAUUAUGCCUUACAGAACUACUCGACUUUUGCAGGUUAGUACUGAUCCAGCUAGCUGUAACACUCAAGCUUCUGAUACAUUUGCUUCUCCUGUUCCAUUGAAUGCCAAUCCAAUGAUUCUUUCUACUGUGCAGAGAGAAAAACAGGUACAUUGUCCCUAAUUCCCUUUUUCUGUUUGUGUUUGCAUGAUAUGCUUCAUAAUCAAGUAUUAUGCCUUACAGAACUACUCGACUUUUGCAGAGUCUUCUAUAUGAAGGUGUUUCUGCAGUUCCUCUGAAUGCUCUUCCGGAUUUUAGCCCUGUCCAUAUUGGACUUUCACCAACCACGAGAGGAGCUGGCGAUAUUAAGGUGAAUAGCUAUUUUAAGACAAAGAGAGAGUUUAUGUUGAGGAUGAAGAAAUGGGCUUUAGAGUGGAAGUUUGAGUACAAGACUGUCUCUUCUAACAAGUCAAGAGUGCUUUUGAGUUGUGUUGAUGAAAAUUGCACGUGGAGGAUGCGUGCUAUCAAGCUACCUCUUUCAGAUUUUUUCGUUGUUAAAAAGUAUGUUCAUGAGCAUACAUGUGAUACAACACACAGGAAAGCCAACCACAGACAAGCAUCUGCAAAGUUGUUGGGUUCUUUGAUUUGCAGCAAUUAUGGAGAAAAAAAGGAAGGUCUCAAACCGAAACAGAUCAUUGAACAGGUCAGGAUGCUGCAUGGUGUUCACAUCAAUUACAAACAAACUUGGAGAGUGAGAGAAGAAGCUCAGAUUUUGGUUAGAGGGACUCCUGAAGACAGCUAUUACAAUUUGUCUAGGUGGUUGUAUAAAAUCACAGAAACAAACCCUGGUUCCUUGACUUAUCAACAUGUGGAUGCUGCAGGAAAGUUCAAGUAUGCAUUUGUGGCUUUUGGUCCUUCGAUAAGGGGAUUCUCAUUGAUGAGGAGAGUUAUUGCAGUAGAUGGUACAUUUCUGAAGGGAAAAUUCAAUGGGACUUUAUUGGCAGCUUGUGCUCAAGAUGGGAAUUAUCAUCUAUAUCCUCUCGCCUUUGCAGUGGUUGACGCAGAAAAUGGCGCCUCUUGGAAAUGGUUCUUUAGAGGUUUGAGCCAGAAGAUCCCGGACGCUUCGGAUCUUGUUUUUGUAUCAGACAGGGCUAACUCCAUUUCUUCAGCGUUGGAGGAUGUAUAUCCCUUAUCUCACCAUGGAAUUUGCAGGAUCCAUCUGCUCCGCAACAUCACUCCUACAUAUGCGAAGACUGGGUUGCUACCUCUGGUGGAAAGCGCUGCUGAUGCCUAUACGUGUCACGAGUUCUGGUUAAUCUUCAAUGACAUAAAGGAUAAAUGUCCUGAAUUGGCUAAGUAUCUGGAAGAUUCUGAUUUUAGGAAGUGGGCACGAAGCUAUGCGCCUGCGAACAGGUAUAAUAUCAUGACUACCAACAUUGCAGAGUCUCUCAAUUCUAUGUUGAGGAUGCCUCGUGAGUUGCCCAUUAUCUCUCUCCUUGAAACUAUCAGAUUGACGAUGACCACUUGGUUUUUUGAGCGACGCGAAGCGGCUGUGAAACAUAAGCACCUGGUUACUCCAAAAGUUGUGCAGAAAUUGGUAUCUAGGUUAGGGGCCGCAAUGUUGUUGAAUGUGUAUCAAGUUGAUCGAAGCGAGUUUGAGGUGAAGAAUGAAACAAUGAAGUUUGUUGUUGACUUGGAGAAGCGGCAUUGCACAUGUAAUGUUUUCGACAUUGACAAGAUCCCCUGCAUCCAUGCCAUCGCUGCUGCUAAGCAUAUCAAGAGAGAUGAAAACCUUUUUGUUGAUGCUUCUCACUUGACAGAAACGUGGGCUAAAGCUUAUGCUGAAAGCAUACAUCCUGGUGGAGAGUUGUCAACGUCCACCUAUCCAGAGAAUAUUGAUGAACUGUCUUGCCCACCUCCAGCUACCAAAAAGAAAAGUGGACGCCCUCCUACAAAGAGAAAGAGAUCCGUUGGCGAGUUUGGGGUUCCUGGAUCUAAAUCUCAGUCCCACAAGUGCAGCAGAUGUGGCACAGGAGGGCACAACAAGAGCACAUGCGAGAGGCCUAUAGGAUGAAGUUCUACAUUUUUAUUGAUUAUUAUUUGGAUGUUGGCUAUUUGAUGGUUACAUGAUAUGCACCAGACCAUAUACAUUUUUUCUUUUGGAACCCUAUCCCGAAUAAGUAUGAUUUCUUCCAAAUUUUGUAAUAUACAACAUUAUCUUUUGAUC